AUGCCCCCGGCGUUCCCGACCCCCGUACUCGCCGUCUCCCCCGCCGCCGUGCGCGACCUUGACGGGAGCGAUGCCCUCUCCGGCCUCUGGACCCUAUUCACCAAAUGCAAAGAAUCACUCCAAGACGGCCGCCGGCUCGAGAACAUCGCAUGGCGGCUCUGGCACCGCGAGAUGGUGCUCUCGAGUCUUGUCCUCCACGAACACGAGCAUGGACGCGGACGGGAGGGUGGGGUGAAAGAGGGAUAUUGGGGAAAUGGAGGGUUGGAGGAGGAGUUUGAUGAGAAGGAGAGGGAGCUGGUUUGGUAUUCCCACCCGCACCUGCAUAACGAUGAACGGGGUGUGGAUGGUGUGUAUGCACCGCUCGCGCCCGAGUCGCAUCCGCACCCGACGCACCCACCGCAUUCGUACUCGUGCUCGCAUCGCCACGCGCCCUCACAUUCGAGUCCGAGCCUUCAUCCUGAAGACCGUCGACUGCAUCCCCAUCCCCAUUCCCAUUCACAACCACAACCGGACUCGCGCUCGCAUUCACGACCGGACUCGCAACACCCCUCGCGUUUGCCCUCGCUACAUUCACAUUCACAUUCACAACCGCAACUGCAUUCACAGCCGCAUUCACAUUUACAACCGCAUUCACAACCACCCUCGCCCUCACUACAUUCACAUCCACGUUCACAUUCUCGGCACGCACAGGGGGACACUGGAGUGAAAGUGCAAAUGGACGGCGAAGUAGGUGUGCGAGUGGAAGUGGAAGACCCCGCGCGUACGUAUACGCAUACGCAUACGCCCGGACUUUCUGACGCAACCCGCGCACAUACAUCGUCAUCGACAUCACCGCGGACGUCAAGAUCUCCGUACACCUCAUUUUCGCAUUCGUCUCAUUCACCAUCUCAUCUGCACGCCCACUCGCCACAUACACAUCCACAUCCACAUUCGCCCUCACACACACGCUUACACCCCCACUCGUCCUCGCCCUCGCACAAAUCAUCCCUGUCCAUACCCGUGCACCCAGCACACCGCCAUCCUCAUACGGCAAGGAGGCCCUCACUUACCAAGAGCAGACGGAGCAGCUUCAUGGGCGGGGCGAGCGUGGGGCGGAUUAUCUGCGACAUGCUGCCUAUUGACAAGGUGGAGGGCGGUGCGGGUCCGAAGUUGACGCCAACAUCGGAGAAGGAGAAGGAGACGUCAUUGUGUUCGGUGGUCCCAGCGUGUGGUCCGAGUUUGAGUUCGCGAGAGAAGGAGGAGAAGAAGGAGAAGAAGGAAGACGUAGGGGCCAAGACGUCAUUGGGAUCGUCGCCUACUCCGUUAUCAUCCACCCAGUCGACGUCAGUGGUGGGUGCGGUAUCGGCGUCUGCAUCAGCCACAGCGUCAUCGACAUCGACUUGCGGAUCGUCGACCUCGCUUGACGCUUCGACCGACGUCGGUAUUUCAAAUGCUGCUCCUUCAAACGUGAACGCCACUUCUUUGGAUGCACGUACGAAUGCCGCUUCAAGGGCGAUAUCAAGUGCAAGUGCAAGUACAAGUGCGCCUACAAAUCCGACGGCAAGGCCGACGAAGUGUACUAUCCCAGAACCUUCGACGCCUUCUCUCCUCACCACGACCACAACCACGAAUAUGUCCACAACCACAACGACAAAGACGGGAGGUACGGUACUCGACCCGGUAUCGUGUCUGCCCACCCCCGAGAUGGAAGUUGGAGAGGAAGGUGGUGGCGUCCUUCCUGGAAAUGUGUCUGGGCCUGCGACAGGUUCGAUAUCGACGCUGACGAACACACGGCCGGCUGUGGUGUCUCCUCCUACGAUAUCGUCGUCGUCGUCGUCAUCGUCAUCGCGUACAGACGUACACUCAACGUCUACCCCUCCAGUAUCAUCAUCUCUACCCCCGACAUCGACCUCCGCAACAACAUUAACAAUCUCAACAUCAGCACUACCAACCUCAACACUCCAACCACCCCUCCUAGUCCUCGUAAACCCAACACCGAACCCAACGCCGCACCCUACACCGCCUACCACUCCAUCGCUCGGUGGGCUCGUGGGCCUGGCAGGUCGCGGUGGCGGAGGGACGUGGUUGACGCCGCGCGGGCACGUAUCCCAAAGGAACGGGUUUAGCGGACACGCGCAGGACGGGCAAGAUAGAGAGAGAGAGAGAGCGGUAGGCCUCCUCCCGCCGUCGAGCGUGGUGGUGUUUGGUGCUGUCGUUGGGUUUAGCCUGUCGAGUCAGGAAGAUGCGAGGACGAGGACGAGGGGUGCGCAGCAGCAGCGGGUGGAGGCGGAUGAUCGAAGAACAGAUCGAUCGGAGGCGGGAUCGACGGGUGCGGGAGUUGCCCCGCGGUCAUCGUCUGGAUCGUCCGUGUCGGCGGAAGCGGGUUGUCCUUCGGACCAGCCUUCGGAGCAGCAGCAGCAGCCAGGGUAUGAGCACCGCGAACAGGAGUCCGCCCUCAUCCCUCAGGAGGUGCAGCGAGACGUGCGACGCGUCGGCCCCGAGGCGGCGUGGGAGACGCAGACGCACAUGAGCACGCAGACGCAGCAGCAUCGGGCGGAGGCGGAAGAGAUGACGUUGUCUUCGGAAUCGCGAUUGAAUGGCGUUGGGAGCGGGCACGAGGAGCGAGAGGCUGCGGGACGUGGGCAGCACGAGGAGCGAGAAGGGAGAGAGGCACUACCGGGAUCCGGUCCGGCGCUCGGAGGACAAAUACAAGGGCGACGAUCUUCGAGUCAAGCCCAAGCCCAAGGUCAAGGUCAAGGUCAAGGUCGGAGUCGACCCGCUUCGCCUAGCCGAUUAUCUCAAUCCAACAUUUCGCCUUUGCGUACGGGAACGAACAUGGAGGUUGGAUUACUCAACGCGCACGCCAUUUCUACGCCCUCUGCCGAUAACAUUACCUCUACCUCUACGCACAACGAACCGUCUAUGCCUAUGCUCGACGCUACAUCAACAUCGACCAGCAACACCCUUGCGUCUACCUCCACCGCCAACACGAACCGGCACUCUAUCUCGAGUGCGACGAGCGACCGGUCGUCUGCUACGAACGUGUCGAACAUGUCGGAGCUCACGAAUGGGACGAGCUCGACGCAUCUGUCUUCUUCGACGCACCUCUCGUCCUCCACCCACUUAUCUACCUCUACACAUCGUUCGAGUUCCACAAACCUCUCAUCAGCAACGCACAGCACCUCGCGCACGAGCUUGGAGGGCGAGGCACCCGGGGCAGGAGAGGGCGUAGAGGGUAUGGCGAUCCUGGUGGCGCAGAAGCGCCUGGGCUCGAUGUCGUCGACGACCGUGCAGAGUCUCGCGACGCUUGUUGAUAGGCGGGAUGGGCACGAGGGGGGUAUCUCAAAGGAGAGGCAGAAGCAGAAGGAGGUGGAUAGGGAGGUACAGGAGGAGGAAGAUGGCUUCGAGGACGUCGAUGAGGAUGAGGAGAGCAACGAUGAUGAGGGGGAGGAGGCAAGGGUGAUACAGGAGCACCAGCCGCGAGAGCCGAAGCCGAUAUCCCCGCGGACCAACCACAAUCACCAGCACACGCACAAGCUCAAGCGGAAGAACGAGGACGAGAGGAAGAAGAAGCGGAACAGCGCCCCGGUACCUUCGACGUCAUCUGCCCUGCUCCUGGCCUUAUCGCCCACUGGCCUUACCACCACCAGCACCACCACCUCGCGUAAUACCACUACCUCGCACAACACCACCACCAACCAACCAUCGACGAGUACGAACCCUAGUGGCUUCGCGCCGGAUAAGAGCCCUGUGUCGCCUACGAAACCUUCGUCGGGCUUUGGCAUGCGCAGGACAGGGACAGUGGCGAAGUUGAAGAGGACCGCGAGCGCGAGUGCGGGUGGGACGGCUACGGCUACGGCUACGGCGGGCAGGAGGAGGCCGUUGGUGCUUACUGCUACAACGACGGCAACGAUCGGUGCAGCGGCGGGUAUGGCGCGUCGGGCGAGUGCGGGAGCUGGCCCUGCUUAUGCUGUUGCUCCCAUCCCCGGCACCACGGGCGGAGGUGCAGGGCAAGGAGCUAGGAGGAGGAACGCAAGCACGAGCCGUAGCUCUGGGGGGGCUGCUGGCAGCUCCGUCGGUGCGUCCAACGGUACUGGCUCUGGAAGAAGGGUGGCGGGGACGAGCAGGAGCCGGAGUCGGGAGCCUUUGUCUGCUGGCGCUAUCACCGCUGGUGGUGGCCUGUCUGCUGGGCUAGCCGCGCUCGCGGCCGGUGCGAUCCCCCCACCGCCCGUACAGAAGAAGGCGGCUCUUGGUGUUGUUGGGGGUGGAAGAAGGGCCAAGUUCGUACUGGGCCGGGGGAGGCGGAAUGCUGCUGCUGCUGCUGUGGUUAUGGCGAGGCGGGGCAGCUCCGGUGCAGGUGCGGGGAAGAAGGAGAAGGAGAAGGUGGUAAGGAGCGUCGUUGAGGAUGAAGAAGAGGAGGAGAGUGGGAGUGGGAGUGAAGAGGAGGGGGAGGAGGAAGAUGAGAUGGGUAUGGAGCUUGAGAGGGAACGGGAGCGAGAACGUGAACGGGAGCGAGAAAGGGAGAGGGAGGUGAUGGAAAGACAGCAGCGCGAGGCGCGAGAACGGUUGCUGGCACGCGAGCGGGAGGAGCGCGAGAGGCAGGAGGAAAAGCAGAGAGAGAAGAUGCGCGCCGAGGCGCUGGAGAAGGAGCGCCAGCGCAAUAUCGUGCUCGUCCAGCAACAGCAGGAGGCGGAGCGGGUGCGGCUGAUGAGGCUGCAGGGCGUCCCUGCGCCGAACGCUGGGCAACAGCAACUCCCAUUACCCCUACCACCUUCCCACCUCCAACCCACACCUCUCCACACCCACAUACAAUCUCAGGAUGGUCUUGGUCUUGGAGCGGGCGUCCCGAGCUCGUCGAAACGACCGGUCCGGUUCAAUAUCGGGUCCAACUCGGAUGAGGGGAGCGGGAUGGGGUCGAAGAGCGCGGGUAGUGGGUCGGAGAGCGUGUCGGCGUCGGGUGUGGGUGCAGGUGCAGGUGCAGGUCCGAUUGUGGGUGGAGGAGGUGGUGCGGGGUUGAUGAGGCCGAUGAUGGCUGCGAAGGCUCCUGGUGGUGUUGGAGGAACAGGGACGGCACUGAACACCUCCAAGCCGCCGAGCAGGCAACAGUCGACGUACCAGCCCGCGGGUGGGGGAGAGGCGGAGCGGAUGGCAGAGGUACAGAGGCAGUUGCAGUUGCUCCACUUCCAGCAGGAGCAGCAGCAGGCGAAGGGCAAGGAGCGCGAGCGCGACGUGGCGCCUCCUUCCGCUCCUCCUUCUCCUGCUCCUGCUCCUGUUGCUGGGCCGUCCAAGGGGGUUGCUACCAAGUCCAGUCCUACCAAGUCGCCCAAGUCGCCGAACACCAAAUCGAACUCCAAGUCCAAUGCCAACGCCAAGGCAAACGGGAAGACUAGCAACGGAGGCGGCGGCGCUGGAGGUGGAGGUGGAGGUACGGGUAGAGGUACAGGCGCAGCAAAGUCCCUCGACAAAGAGCUCGCAGCCAAGAUCGAGAAAUCGCUCGCCGACCCGCUCUUACCACAGAAGAAGCUGCGCGUGGUCCUGCAGACCGAGUCCGAGUUCGAGACGGACACGGACGACGACGAUGGGAGCGCUUGGUCGAGCGAGGAUAUGAGUGGGGAGGAGCGUCUUGCAGAGCAACGCCAGCUAGAAGAGGAGAAACGAAGGCAGGAAGCUGAGGUGCGGCAGAGAAGGGAGCAGGAGCAGAUUCAACAGCAGUUGUAUCAGCAGCACCAGCAGCAGUUGCUUGCUCGUCAGCGGCAACAACAGCAGGCCCAACUCCAAGCCCAGGGCCAAGGCCAACAACCCACUCGAGCCCCGAACGUCCAACGCACGCAGUCAAGCCACUACCCCGGCGUCGCUCCCACCGCCACCACCGCCCUUGCCCCAACCAAUGCUCCGACCAACGCCCCGACCACCACCACCAAAAAUCAACACACCUCGCGCAACCGCCACGCCCAAGCGCACGCCCAACACCUCACCUCCCACCACCAACAGCUCCUCCUCGCCGAAGCCGCGCGGAAACUCCAACAACACCAACACUCACACUCCAACACCGAGCUGAUCACCAAGCUCCCCACGUCGUCGUUCCAGGACCUCGCGAAAGCGCGCACGAGGAGUGUGGGUUUGUUGAGCCAGUUGAUGAACCCGCCGUUGGAGGUCCUCCCGGUGGGGGUGUUGCCGAUUGGACAUCCGUAUAGAAGGGGGGCGAGUUCGGGGGCCAUUCAAGGACAAGGACAAGGACAUGGGUUUGGGAUGGGCAGGGGGUUUGGCGGGUUGGCACCGAUGGCGCCGAUGCAGCCGUUGACGCAGGCACCACCAGCGCAAGGGCAGCAGCAGAGGCAGACGAACGGAGCUGGUGUUCCUCCCCAAGCUCAACGAGAAGCUCAGCCACAGGCUGCAGCUCCUGGGCCUGCCGCCCAAGCUCAACGUCGACCUCCGCUAGAGCACCCGCAACCGACGAAAGCUCCUGCUCCUGCUCCAGUUCAACCUCCAGCUGCGCCCAAUGCCAACGCCAACGCCAACGCCAAAGCCUCCCGACCCCAAGAAUACCGACGCGCGAGCACCGACAGCACCAAGUCCAAAAAGUCCACUGCAACUUCGCGUACGACUGCGACUGGGACAAACGCGCUCUCACCACCGAUGAGAGCUCCGGGGUUGCAGCUGACGAAGAGCGCGGCUGCGCUGCCGAUGUCGUCGAAUGUACUUGUGGGGAGCGUCGCUACGGCUGGGGUGCAGGGGUAUGACCUCAACACGCCUCCUAACGCUAACGUCAAUGCGAAUGCGAACCUCAAGCCCAACUCGAACCUCAACCUCAAGCCCAAGGCCCCCACGCCCAACACAGCUCUAACGAACGCCGCCCCAACCCAAACAACUGUCGUCCAGCUCCAACACCAACACCAACAUCAACACCACCAAACCACUGACUCAACCGGCGGUGGUUACAGACCACGCGGCCGGCCAACGGACCAAGAGCUGGAGGAUACAGAGAGCGACGACGAGGAGCCGGGCGGGUCGAGAGGGAUCCAGGUGUCGGAGAGCGUCGCGGCGGAGAAGCUGAAGGCGCUGGCGGAGAGGAGGGGGAUUGUGCCGAGGAGGGGGGUGGAGGGAGGGCAGGGACAGGGAGGGAUGGGGCAGGGAGGAGGGAUGGGGCAAGGCCAAGGCCAAGGACAGCAAGGAGACGAAGAUGAGGUACCGCAGUGGGCGAGGGUCGAGCUGCCGAACGUGCCGAGAGGGCAGCAGCAGGAUGGGAGGACGCAAUCGCAGGGGCAGGGACAGCAGCAGCAGCAAUUACCGCCAGCGCAAGCUCAAGCUCAAGCCCAGGCGCAGCUACAAGCCCAAUUGCUCCAAGCCCAAGCCCAAGCGCCCAGAAACCCACCCGCUAACAACAGACGCUCGCUCAACGGCCUCCACUUCACCCCUACCCACCCCUCCCACCCCCUCCCUCCUCACCAGCCCCUCAUCCCGGCGCCCAUCCCCGUCGGACACCCGUACAACCUCCCGCCCCCCGCUCCUCCUUCCACACCACGCACGACCCGGCGCCAGAUGCUCGCGACCGAGCUCUCCGAGUCUUUACGCAGAAACUUGUUAUGGGAACGGCAGGUGUCGAAGGCUAAUUUGGCGGCGGUGAAGAGGACGCAGAGCGGUGGUGGUGGGGGGAGGGGUGGGCUGUUGGGCGGGCUGCAGCCUCUGAGUGCUAUGGGUGGUGCGGGCGCCGGACAGGGUAUGGGCGGGGGAGGGGCAGGACAAGGACAAGGGUUAGCGCCGGCCCCAAGCGUGGUACAGCUGCAUGUGAAGGGGACGCUCCCGCCUGAGGCGGAUGAGGACGCGAGAACGAGGCGGAGGAGAGACGAGGAGGAGAGGGAGGCGCUGAAGAAGAGGGCGAUGGCGCGGAAUCGGAGUUGGGCGGACGAUUAUCAUCGGACGGGGUGGUGA